AUGCUGAUUGAACGUUUCUUGUUGCCAGGCUUUUUCUUUCUCCUCUGUGCCUAUGCCCAAGUACUGCCUGACAAGUACGGGUACAACAUCACCGUUGCCUUUUUCCCCGAGUCCGAAGAGAGCACUUGCCAAGAACACAACAUUGCCAAUGCCAUCGCCUUCACUACGGGGAACAUACCUGCAUACCACACAUGCUUCAACCUCCAAGAGCUGUUCAUUCAGCGCUCAAACUACACUUAUCAAGACACCUGGUCAUUCCCUCCUUCACAAUCCAUCAACUACACCGUAGGCAAUGUUCCCUUCUACAGCCCGAACACAAAUUACAACCGCAUCUGGUAUCACCUAGGCGGCCCAAACCAAGUCCCAAAAGGUGUCCCAAAGGAUGCUGGUGGAUGGAGUGAAUGGACAUUGAUGACCUACAAUUUUCCCAACUGCACUUCUGCCAACAGUACCCAGGGCGCCACAGAUCAACCCAAAGAUAACGUGCCCUUUCGGGCAAGCUGUCGAACGACAGAUGCUGGUAUAUGUAGUGUGGCUCCUAAGCCAAUCAAGAGCUUCGCUAUCUACCACUCCCCGAUAGGACAGAAGGGCUUGGAGUGUACCAAAUGGGCCAAGUUUACCAGCGGCGCUACGACACUGAACCGUCAGCCAUCAAUUGUCCCUUUGUUUGCCGUCGCAGCUUUCCUCGCGAUGUGAACAGCAGAACACAGGAAGCCUUGUUGGAUGAUUUGAUGAUGGGCCCAGAGAUGCUCAUAUGGUUGUUUUUGUUAAUUUUGUUGCGCAAGA